AUGGUUAAUUCAUGUAUAGAACAUGAUGAUUUUUUUGACGCCCUUGAAGAGAUUUCUUCAGAAUCUAGUUGUGGUAGUGGAUCAGAUUGUUCUGAAGGCUGUACUUCUGAAAUUCAACAAGCUAGUAAUAAUUCAUUUAAUAGUCUGCACUAUGAUUUUUGGAGUGGAAACCCCAAAAUGAGUAGUGACAGGACGGCAGGAGCUAAUGAGCAUGACAAAGGGAAGGGAUUGGCUGGUCGGAAUCAUGAAGUAGUAAAUGAAGAAGAUCAGGAUGUGUUGUGCAGAAUUCGGUGCUUGGAAGAUGGGAGAGAGUUUGAAGUAGAGGAGACAGAUGAUGAAGGAAUGCCUAGGAAACUUCAUGAAGUUGGUUCGAGUUCUUGUUAUACAACUGAUGAGUUUCAGGAGACAUAUGGAUCACCUAAUCUUGUUAAACACUUCAUGACAAGAGAAUCAUCAAAAGGGUGUAAUAAGGUGUUUAAGAGGAAAUUGCAGUGCAAGGAAGGGUGUUUGAAGAGAUUUAGCUUCAAAGCUGCAAAUAUGUUUAACAAAGAUAAGGAAAAGAAUGAGGUGUUUCACAACCGGGAACUCUUUGGUUCUAGAAGCCAGAAAAUUCAUGUUCAUUCUCACAAAAAGUGGUCAAAGGAGUUGUCUUCCAUGUAUCAUAUGCAAGAAUUUUCUGCUCACAAGGGCUCAAUACUGUGUAUGAAGUUCAGUCUUGACGGCCAAUAUCUUGCCAAUGGUGGAGAAGAUGGAGCUUUGAACGUAUGGAAGAUAGUUGAAGAGGGAUGGAUGACUGUUUCUGACCAUUUGAACUUCAGUGUUGCAUCUGCAGGUUUGAAUUUUUCUGUAAAUGGUAUUCCAAAAUUGGCUUGCUUUCUGAAGUGUAAAGAGGAAGGCAAUGUGAAGAAUAAGCAGAAGAAAUGUGCACUCUGCUGGCAACGGUAUUAUGGUCCCUCGCAAAGUGUUUCGUAUUUUAGAGAAGCCUUGGCAUGA